UUAGACCAUGUCCUGGGUGUGAGGUUAGACCAUGUCCUGGGUUUGAGGUUAGACCAUGUCCUUGGGUCCUAAACAGACUUCCAAAGACACCAACGGUUGCGUAAGCAUGUUAUUGUCUAUGGAAGUCUGUUCAGGUCUAUUCGUCAUCCGUUGCGUGUUGUGACCAGUGGAACCGGUUCCCUCUGUAAUGUGAGACUCUCCGUUCGCUCUGUUGUUUCACUCCUUCCCUCAAAGCUGUGGAGAGGAGGCCGUUAAAAUAGGCCAGAGACCCCGUUUCCCUUCAAAUAUUUCCCCCCUCGAGGACAAACGCUCGACUGAAGCUUUUGAGAAGAGAAGAGGGGUGAAAAUGGAAAACGAUCUCGAGGGGAGCGAGAGCGCCACCCUGGCGGAGGUCAGACUCAUCCUGAUCGGCGGGCGCUGGGCCGGCAAGAGCGUCUCCGGCAACACCAUCCUGGGAAAGGAUCGGUUCGAGUGCGGCCGAACCAGAACCACUCAGACCGAAGUGAGGCACGUCGCGGUGCAGGGCCGGCGGCUCGUCGUGGUCGAUGCUCCGGGGUGGAGCCACUCCCUCUCCCUCACCGAGAUCCCGGAGGGGGACAAGCGGCGGUUUAAACUCAACGCGUCCAGGUGUCCGCCCGGCCCGCACGUCUUCCUCCUCGUUGUCCCCGUGGACUCGGCCUUCUCCGCGGAGAGCAAGAGGACCGUGGAGGAGCACAUGAAGCUCCUCGGGGAGCGGGUUUGGCGACACACCAUGGUGCUCUUCACCUGCGGGGAUUUCCUGGGCGGGAAGACGAUCGAGCAGCACAUCGAGAGCGAGGGCGAGUCGCUCAGGCGGCUGACGGAGCGAUGCAGGAACCGCUACCACGUGUUCAACAACAAGGACCGGGGAGACGGCGGUCAGGUGACGCGGCUGCUGCAGAAGGUGGACGAGCUGACGUGGGACAACGGCGGCAGGUGCUACCAGGUGGACGAGCAGACGCUGAGCGCCAUUAAAGAGACGCAGCGAGAGGUGGCCGAGAGGGCGGAAGUGAGAAGGGGGAGGUCCCAAGAACAGAGAUCACUAAUGAGGACACUCAUUCCAGAGAUGAAUACCCUCCCGGAGCUCCGCGUGGUUCUCUUGGGAAGCCGAAGCGUUGGGAAAACCUUGCUGCGGAACUCUGUCCUGGGAUUCAAAGAGCAAGAAGACGGGAAAAGAACGGCGCACUCGGUGGCCCGGCACGGUUUCGCGGGCUCAACGGCGAUAACCGUCGUUGACACGCCGGGUUGGUGGAAAGGCUUCUCCGUGCUGGAGACCCCCGAGGCGACCAGGGAGGAAGUGAUACGCAGCCCCUUCCUGUGCCUCCCCGGGCCGCACGUCUUCCUGCUUGUGAUCGACGUGGACGCGUCGUUUAACGCCAAUCACUUGGAAGCGGUGACGACGCACGUGGAGCUUCUCGGAGAAGGAGUGUGGAGACGCACGGUUGUGGUUUUCACCAGAGGCGACUGGCUGGGAAGUCACACCGUGGAGGAGUACAUCGAAGGCGAAGGGGAGGCGCUGAGGUCUCUGGUCGACCGGUGCGGAAACAGGUACCACGUCAUCGAUAACAAGAAUGCCGACGAUGGGACUCAGAUCGCGGAGAUGCUGGAGAAGAUCACCGAGACCGUGGCUGGAAACGGUGGGGAUUACUUUGUCCCAGACGGCAAGAUAUUUCUGACGAUCGAAGAGAGAAGAUCAAGCGUGGUGGAAGCGGCGCACGUGAGGAAAAGUCAAGUCGUGGCCAAAAGAAAAAUCCUCAGAGACAACAGUCAAGAACUACAGGAGCUCACGAUCGUGAUGCUCGGCCAGAAGACGUUUGGGAAGAGCGCGACAGGAAAUAACCUCCUCCGUAGAGAAGUGUUCGCCACCUGCGAGAACGAGUCGUGUCAGAUGGAGACAGGGAAAGUGGCCGGCAGGGUGGUCACGGUCAUCGACACCCCGGGCUGGAGGAAGAGUCCCUUCUACUGCUCCAAAGAGAGGGACCGAGAAAUAGCCCGCGGCCUCUCGCUGAGCCCCGCGGGGGUCCACGCCGUGCUGCUGGUGGUCCCCUUGGACCUGACCUUCGGAGAGGCCCAGCGGGCCGCCCUGGAGGAGCGCAUGAACCUCUUCGAGGCCGCCAUCUGGAAACACGCCGUGGUUCUGUUCACGUACGGAGACCAUCUGGCGGACGAGUCCGUGGAGGAGCACAUCGAGAGGGAGCACGGCGCCCUGCGCUGGCUGAUCGACAAGUGCGAGGACAAAUACCACGUCGUGAACAACGCGAAGAAAACGGACCCGGGUCAGGUGAUCGAGCUGUUCGAGAAGAUCGAGGAAAUGGUGGCGGCCAACGACGGCCGGCUCUUCCGCCCCGAGAUGGGCGACGUCUACCCGAGAAUCGAGGAGAACUUCGGGAGGAGGCAGCUGAAGCUGGUGCUGAAGCAGCGCCUGGGGGAGGAGUACAAGAGGAGGGAGCUGGAGCUGAUGGCGGGCUUCAGGGAGACGCUCCUCGAGCUGCAGGAGGAGGUCAAUGGGAGCAAGAGGAGCACGAGAUCCAUGUCACUGACCAAGGGUAUUGGCUUUAAGAAGAAGGAUGGAAAGGAGAAGGAGGACAUCUUAUCCUUGAAAAUCAAAGAGGAAAUUGAAAAGCUGGAUAAAGACAUCGAAAUGAAAUCCUCGAGUCUUCUGCUGGGCAGCAUGGACUUCUUCAUCCCAGACUUGAAAGGAGAGAAUCCGGAUCCAUCUGUCGCCGGCUCUCUGCCUCAAAGGGAGGAUCCAACGAGCCACUUCAACAACGUUCUCGGUUGGCUUUCCACGAUUAAGAUCGGAAGAAACUUCGACAACCAGAUGACCCUGAACUUCUCUCAGACGUCCGGCUACAGAUCGGUGCUGCCGUACGACGACCUGGACUCCGAAGUAGAAGAAUAAUCAUGAAUGAGUCGCCUCCAUUGGUGUGAAAAUAAACUUUAUGCACUUUAAAUGCAAAGAAUAUACAUUAAGGGGAUUUUUUUUUUUUUUUUACGUUUUUUUUUCUCAUUCGCUUUUGGCUCAAUUCUUGAACGGGAAUACAUUUUGUUUUUGCUCACAGGAAUAUCUGAAAUUCUCAUUAAUUCAUGCAAGUUGCAGAUUCUUGAUUAUGUCACGCUUCUUCACUUCUGAAGCAAAAUGAUCCAUUCAGUUAUCAAACUCCGUCAUUAUGAGCGAUGUGUAUUCCAUCUAUGGCGAGGAGGUAAAAUGUGAUGUUUUUUUAUACCGAACUGCCUUCUUCCUUCUUUCAUGCUGGCCUCGACUUGGUGAAAACACGGUCUAACAAAGAGCAUUCAUGCCUCUUGUAUUUACUUUGACCUCCGACACAUAAAAGCACUCAAAUGGACAACGUUGACUUCCUUGUUCGGUACAACGAGCGGUCGGAGAAAAACAACCUGAGAUUCGUUCAUAAGAAACAUUUCCAGGGUCGACCGCCGCGUCUCACGAUGACAAAAACAAGUUUUAAUUUUGGUGUUUAAUUAAUGUCACGACCGGAAAGAAAUUAGCAAGAGCAAAGAGAUAGAAUGAGAGGAAGAGGGAAAGAAGGAAACGAAGGAAGGAAGGAAAGAAGAAGGAUAGAAAGAGGGAAAGAAUGGAUGGAAGGAAAGAAAGAAAGGGUGGAAAGAAGAAGGAAAGAAAGUGGGAAAUAAGGAAAGGAAGGAAGGAAAGAAAGGGAAAUAAGGAAAGGAUGGUAGGAAGGAAAGAAGAAGAAAAGAAAGAGGGAAAGAAGGAAACGAAGGAAGGAAGGAAAGAAGAAGGAUAGAAAGAGGGAAAUAAUGGAUGGAAGGAAAGAAAGGGUGGAAAGAAGAAGGAUAG